AUGGAGCGCGUGGUCCGCAGUUUGGAGAAGUGCGAGUUUGCGAGUGGCCAAGUCGUGGUCGAGCAGGGAGAAGAGGCAAAUCAUUUCUACCUCAUCAGAAGCGGGACCAUCGCCGUCUUUCGGAAUGGAGAGCGUCUCCGAAGUCUGCUCAAAUGGGACUACUUCGGAGAGCGAGGUCUCCUUCUCCAGGAGAAUCGUUCGGCAACGUGCCAGGCAGAAGAGCCGUCGGUCCUUCUCCGGCUGGAGAAGGCUGUUUUCGCUGACAUCGUGGGCAUCUUCCGGAAGGAGCUGGAGCAUCGAAUGAUGCUGCAAGACCUCAAGAUCGAGAUGUCCGAUCUCUAUGUCAAGGCAGUGGUUGGCAGAGGCUCAUUUGGCCUUGUCAAGCUGGUAUAUCACAAGCGAGACAGGCAGAAGUACUACGCCCUGAAGUGCAUUGGCAAGAAGCAGGUGGUACAGCAAAAGCAAGAAAAGUCAAUGAUUCUUGAGCGCGAGAUCAACUCGCAGUGUUAUCAUCCGUGUAUUAUGCAUUUCAUCACCACUUUCCAGGACGCCAAGAAUGUGUACUUCCUCACAGAGUUCCUGGGAGGGGGUGACCUUUUCACUGCAAUUCGCGAGAUCGGCAACCUCAGCAAACGGCAAUCUCAGUUUUUUGGGGGCUGCAUCACGCUUGCCUUGGAGUAUCUUCACGGCCGCUCCAUCAUGUACCGCGACCUCAAACCAGAGAAUGUCGUCCUGGAUUUCAGAGGAAAUGCCAAGCUGGUGGAUUUCGGAUGCUGCAAGAAGUGCCUCCAAUCCAACACCCUUGUUGGCACUCCGGAGUACUUCGCGCCGGAAAGCAUCAUCGGGAAAGGCUAUACCUGUGCUGUAGACUGGUGGGCGUUAGGGGUCAUGAUGCACGAGUUCAUUGUGGGCCCGCUGCCUUUUGGUCGAGACACAGACGACCAGCUCCAGCUUUUAAAGGAGAUCAUGGAGGCGCCCUUAGCCUUUCCCAGCUACAUCAGCGACAAGACGGCUAUCAGCUUGAUCUCCCAACUCUUGGAGAGAACCCCGGAGCUUCGGCUGGGGGCAGGCUCCCGUGGAGCAAAGGACCUCCAAGAUCAUCCGUAUUUUUCAGGAUUUAGCUGGAAUGCGCUGGCGGGCCAGUCAAUGCAAGCGCCAUGGCUGCCGGACAGGCGGAAAAUCCAGGAGUCUUGGGAGAUUCCUUCUGAUGCUGGGCAGCCUGUGUGUCCCGAGGUGGGCAAUGAGGGCUCCCAAUCCAUGGAUCCCGCAAUGGAUGCUGGGUUGCAUGGAGACCAGGGUUUGGUUGCGACGGUAGAUUAG